AUGAUGCGCGUGUUAUGCCUUCAUGGUAUGGGCACGAAUGCCAAUAUUUUUCAGGCUCAAACGGCUGCAUUUCGAACUCUUCUCCCAGCGCAUUUUGAGUGGGAGUUCUUCGAUGCCGACCAUGACUGCGAGGCUGCUGAGGGUGUGCGCGGUAUCUACCCCGGCCCGUAUCUGAGCUUCUACAACACCCCCUACAACAAGCAGGUCGAGGACUCGCAUGAUUUCAUCGACGAGAUUAUUGAACAAGAUGGACCUUUUGAUGCCAUUAUGGGGUUCAGUCAGGGAGCCGCUGUGGCCGCUUCAUAUAUCCUCAAAGCCCAAGCGUCCAAUUCCCUGGCGCCGCCACCAUUUCGAGUGGCAAUAUUCAUCUGCAGCAGUUUGCCAUUUGCAACCGAUAAGUCUGCCGGAUUCGACAUCACCAAGCUCUAUGCCUCGGGCGGGGACAUGUUGACUAGCGACAUCGCAUAUUGGAAGUCGUUCUCUGGUCCUAAUGUUUCCUCAGUUAUUUCCCAUAUCAACUGCGGACUAAACGGAACCUUAACUGACAUCCAUCUGGAUCCUAACGACACUGUUCGUCGCUAUCACCCGGCUGCCGACACUUGUCGCAUCGAAAUCCCAACGGUGCAUGUCUAUGGACGCCAUGACCCCUAUCGGAGUCAGAGUAUAGCCUUGCAGGGACUAUGCAGCACCCAGCAGGACCUCACAUUUUCUUAUGAACAUCCUGGAGGGCACAACAUCCCGAGUACGAAGGCAGUCGCAAUGGAGAUAACAAAUCUUAUUCGCAAGGCAGUGACCAGAAGUGAAUUUAUGUUUUAA